AUGGCAGAGCAUACCCUCUACGAUGCGUUGAUUGUUGGCGGCGGUCCUGCCGGCCUUUCGAUCGCACUUGGCCUAUCUCGACUCAACCGAAGAAAGGUUGUCUUCACCAAGCCCCAAGGUGCCGGCUUCAGGAAUGAGGGUGCGCAUGAGAUCCACAACAUCCUGACUCGAGAUUGCACGCCACCUGCAGAGUUUCGAAAGAUUGCACGAGAGCAAAUCGAGAAAUAUGGCACUACCGAGUUCGUGGAAGCCGAAAUCGUGUCUGUGAAGAAGCUAGAGUCAAAUGAUGGCUUCAGCAGCUUCGAGGCUGUCGACAGCGAAGGCCGCAAAUGGCGAUAUAAGGAGAACUGGCCUCAGAAUAUCUAUCAAUGUCUGUUUUGUGACGGUUACGAACGGACUCACCUUCCAGCAGGUGUUCUGGGGUUGUCGCCCGUACACGCUCAUGGCGCACAGAUGAUGAGCCUCCUCGUUACGGAAUCAUCGGGCCCGCCCACCGUCUUCACCAACGGUCCGAUCCCAGACACAGAACCGAUGCAGAAGGCGCUGGGUGUGGUGAAAGCCCUUGGCUGCAAAGUUGAAACCGCCAAGGUCACUGAGUUAGUGCCUGCCAAAGCGCCUGAAGUCGGUGUCACCGUCGUCCUAGAGGAUGGGAGACAGUUCAAAAUGGGGUAUUUGCACGACAAGCCACCUGUUGUGCUCGCAGGCAAAGAGCUGAUCAAGAGCCUCGGUCUGUCCAUUGAUGCACACCCGGUCAUGGGUGAGCACGUCAAGGGGGUCGAAAUGAUGGGUAACACCUCCGUUCCUGGAGUGUUUGUUGCUGGAGACGCCGGAACCCCAAUAAAAGUCGCAGCCAACGCCAUGAGUUCAGGUGCCACCGUUGCUGCUGGCAUAGUUGGCCAAUUGACUGGAGAGGACGUUCAGAGACGCCUAGCAUCGACAUCAAAAUAG